AUGUGUUUCUUCUGCGGCGAGGGAAUGCCCGGACUAAUUGAGCUCAGGGAACACACUGAGACGCACAAACCCUUUAGAGAAACCGAUCGGGCGAUCGGACUCGUCAAAUCGCCCGACUCCGAAGUCAAAAUCGACGUAUCGGUCACUGCCUGCGUGUUAUGCGGACGAUCGUUCGACGGUUUCGACGAAAUGAUCGAUCAUUUGUCAUUCGCGCACCGUCUGCCGUACGAUAAGGACGUGCGUUUAGAUAUAUCGCGCUACAGGCUCUCCGAUCUCAAGUGUCUGCUUUGCGAUCAGAGUUUCGGUUUCUUCAACCAGCUGGUGAAUCACGUGAACAAAACGCAUCCGGUCCGUUGUUUUUCAUGUGAGAAGUGCGAUCGGGAAUUUAACAAGAAACGAGACUUGGACGCGCACGUGAGGUCGCAUCAUAGGAAAUGUUACCCGUGUACGCGAUGCUCGGCCACAUUCCAGUCAAAUACGGAGUUGCACACUCACAAAAUGAACGCUCACCCCUCGGCUUGUAGUAUCUGUUUCGCGUACUUUCCUUCGGACAGCAAAAGGUUGAAGCAUAUGAAGCUCGACCAUGCCUCCGACGGGCUGCAAUGCGGAUUCUGCCUUAAGGUUAUGACGACAAAGCAGGGUUUUCUGCGGCACGCGUCGUGCUGUACUCGCCAGAUCAAUGGUGUCAAAAUGUCCAAUGAUCCGUUUAUAGACGAUAAGGAAAAGAAACCUUCCGUGAAACUGCUAAGAAAUAGUUUAGCUUGCAUCUUGAACAUGUCCACGGCGAUACCUUUUAAAUAUUAUAUGAGCAAGUUCCGGUGUUUCUAUUGUCCCAAAGACUUCGUCGACUGCGACGAUUUAAAGCAGCACACUGUAACGGUGCACCCUCUGUGCGACAUAGGAUUAAAGUCAAUGAAGUUGCGGAACAGGGAUGAGGGCCGCAUCAAAAUUGACACCACCUCUCUAUCCUGUAGGGUUUGCCACGAACCACUGUCCGAUUUGAGCCAUCUAACUGACCAUUUGACCGCCGAGCACAAGGCUAAAAUAGACGGAGAAAUGCUCACCCACUUGCAGCCAUACAAGCUCGCGAAGGAGAACUACGCUUGCCCGAUUUGCGGCGAGGUGUGUUUCAGGACGCAUCCGAAUCUCAGGGCGCACGUGUCGCGUCGCCACAGGGCCGCUGCGUUCGCGUGCGAGCGUUGCAACAGCGCGUUCGCUAGCAGCGGUCAGCUGCGAGCGCAUCUGGGCAAAGAGCACGGCGCCAAGUUAGUCGCGUGUGCGCAGUGCGAGGAGAGAUUCGUCUCCCGCUACAGCAUGCUGCGCCACUCGAUCCGGGUGCACGGCAUCGGGCACGCGUGCCCCCAUUGCGGCAAGCUGUUCAUCAGGAACUCGUUCAUGGUCGAUCACGUCAGACGCACACACUUGAAAGAGCGCAACGUCGAAUGUCCCCUCUGCGGCGACAGGUUCUUCGACGCGCAGCGUCUCAAAAUGCACAUGGUGAAGCAUUACGGCGAAAGGAACUUCCACUGCGACGUUUGCGGCAAGGGGUUCCUGUGGAAGAAGAACCUCCGCGAUGACGUACCGCAAGGCCCAUACAAGAACCCAGAGAUGAGGAGGAGGAACUUGCAAAUUCUGUUCAACAACACGUCCAUAUUGCCGUUCAAAUGGCGCGGCAGUUGUCUCUGUUUCUAUUGCGGGAAGAGCUUUUCGGAGUACGCCAACUUUGUAAAACACACGCUCUCCCACGGGCGAUGCACCACGAAGGACGACUCCCUGAAGUUGAUCAAGGGGAACCACGUCGAGGUCAAAGUCGACGUGUCGGACAUAACAUGCGAGAUAUGCAGCGAGCCUUUUACAAGUUUGGACGAGAUAAUUGACCAUCUGAUCGGCAAACACGGCCUGGAUUACGACAGACGGAUAAGGACUCCACUCCAGCCGUACAGGCUCGCGGACUUCCGCUGCCUGUUCUGCCAGCAGCAGUUCACAUACUUCGGCCACCUGGUCAAUCACGUGAACCUGGCCCAUCCGCGCCACAGUUUCGUUUGCGACGAGUGCGGCAUCAGCUUCAACAAGGAGAGGGACCUAAUGUUCCACGUGCGCCGCGACCACCCCCCCGACGCCCACCCCUGUGCCGACUGCUCCACGAGUUUCGAUUCGCCCGCACUCCUGCGCGAGCACCAGAAAGACAUCCACUUCAUGAAAUGCGAGCGCUGCGCCUCGGCCUUCGGCACGUACAGCCUCCUUCUGAAGCACGUACGCAGCGAACACCCAGACGACGGCACGAUCAAGUGUCCGCACUGCUCGAAGCACUUUCGCUCCCCCCACGGCCUGAAGCUGCACAUGAUCAAAUGCACAAUCAACUUUCCCACGCACACAGAUCCGGCCGAGGGCAGCCCCGACGGCCUUCUACGGCCUAGGAAGGAGCAGAACGUCGCGCAUAAAUCAGUAAUUCCCCGAACAGCUGAUGAAGUACCCCAAGGCCCAUACAAGAACUGUACCUCAGAGAGGAGAAGGAGCAACUUGCAAAUCCUGUUGAACAACACGUCCAUUUUGCCGUUUAAAUGGCGCGGCAGUUGCCUCUGUUUCUAUUGCGGGAAGAGCUGCCCAGAGUACGCGAACUUUAUAAAACACACGCUCUCCCACGGCCCCUGCACUACGAAGGAUUACUCGUUGAAAUUGAUCAAGGGGAACCACGUCGAGAUCAAAAUCGACGUGUCUGACGUAACAUGCAAGAUAUGCAGCGAGCCUUUUACAACUUUGGCCGAGAUAAUCGACCAUUUGAUCGGAAAACACGACCUGGAUUACGACACACGGAUAGAGACUCCACUCCAGGCAUACAGGCUCGCGGACUUCCGCUGCCUCUUCUGCCAGCAGCAGUUCACAUACUUCGGCUACCUGGUCAAUCACGUGAACCUGGCCCAUCCGCGCAACAGGUUCGUUUGCGACGAGUGCGGCGUUAGCUGCAACAAGAAGCGGGACCUCGCGCUGCAUUUGCGCCGCAACCACCGCCCGGACGGCUACCCCUGUGCCGAGUGCUCCACUAGUUUCGAUUCGCACGCGCUCCUGCGGAGACACCGAAACGAUUUCCACUUCAGGAAGUGCAAGCGUUGCGGCUCGACCUUCGCCACGUACAGACUAAUGCAGAAGCAUGUCCAAAGCGAGCACCCAGACGACGGCACGGCCAAGUGUCCGCACUGCUCAAAACAGCUUCACUCCCCCCAAGGUCUAAAGCAGCACAUGAACAAAUGCAAGGGCAACGUUCUCGUGCAAACAGAUCGGAGCGAGGGAAAGCCCGCAGACGGUCCUCUGCAGCCGAGGAAGAAGCAGAAUGUCGCGCAGAUAAGACAGAACAUACAGUGCGUCCUCAAUAUGUCGACAGCGCUGCCGUUCAAGUUCUUCGCUAGGUACUGCUGCUUCUACUGCUCGAAGAAAUUCGUCGAGUUCGAAGAGCUUAAGGAGCACACGGUAUCGGAGCAUCCCGUCUGCGAUUUGAAGUCGAAGAGCAUGAAGAAGUGCAAAGGGGAGAGGAUCACCGUGAAGGUGGACGUGACGGGCCUCGGCUGCAAGGUUUGCGGGCAGCCCAUGCCGGACUUGGACGUUCUGAUCGACCACCUGAUCUGCCGGCACGACGCCAACUACGAUAAAAGCGUAACGGGCUGCCUGGAGCCGUACAGGGUCAUGAAGGACAACGUGCCGUGCCCGCUCUGCCCCGACCGCACGUUCAGGUACUUCGGCAUCCUGCUGCGCCACAUCAACUCGGAGCACAGCAACAACAACCGCAUCUGCGACUUCUGCGGGCGCAGCUUCAAGAGCGUGACCAACCUGAAGGUGCACAUCACCUACGCGCACACGGGCGCGUGCGAGUGCGAAGUGUGCGGCGGCAAGUACAAGAACCAGUGGUGCCUCAGCCGCCACAUGGCGAGGCACCACGACGCGAUGGACUACAAGUGCCCCAAGUGCCCGGAGCUCUUCCGCUCGCAGUACCACAAGCAGAAGCACCUGAUCGAGGCGCACGAUAUAGGCCACAGGUGCGCUCACUGCGGCAAGAUGUUCACCAGGAACUCGUUCAUGAAGGACCACGUGCGCCGCACCCACUUGAAGGAGAGGAACGUGGCGUGUUCGGUCUGCAACGAGAGAUUCUUCGACAACUACCUGCUGAGGAUGCACAUGGUGAAGCACGAGGGCGAGAGGAAGUUCAGCUGCGACGUCUGCGGCAAGGCCUUCCUGAGGAGGAGCAACCUGAGCUCCCACAAGGAGAUGCACAAGAAAUACGGCCACUCGCAGCAGCAGGCU